AUGGCUAUCACUGUUGGUAUUAAUGGUUUCGGUAGAAUUGGUCGUUUAGUCCUCAGAGUCGCUUUAUCCAGACCCGACGUCAAGGUUCUUGCCGUCAACGAUCCUUUUAUUUCUGCUGAUUAUGCUGCCUACAUGUUCAAGUACGACUCCACCCAUGGUAAAUACUCUGGUGAAGUCAAAUCAAUUGAUGGCGGUAUUCAAAUCGACAACACUUUGAUCAAGGUUUUUAACGAAAGAGAUCCAUCAAACAUCCCAUGGGCUGCAGAAAAAAUCGAUUUUGUUAUCGACUCCACUGGUGUCUUCACCACUUUAGACACUGCUCAAAAACACAUUGACGCUGGUGCCAAAAAGGUCAUCAUCACUGCUCCAUCAAAGGAUGCCCCAAUGUUCGUUGUCGGUGUCAAUGAAGACAAGUAUACCUCAGACUUGAACAUUGUCUCCAAUGCCUCCUGUACCACCAACUGUUUGGCUCCUUUAGCUAAGGUCAUCAACGACACCUUUGGUAUCAAAGAGGGUUUAAUGACCACUGUCCACUCCAUCACUGCUACCCAAAAAACCGUUGAUGGUCCAUCCCAAAAGGACUGGAGAGGUGGUAGAACUGCUUCUGGUAACAUUAUCCCAUCAUCCACUGGUGCUGCUAAGGCUGUGGGUAAAGUCAUCCCAGAAUUAAAUGGCAAAUUAACUGGUAUGUCUCUCAGAGUUCCAACUGUUGAUGUCUCUGUUGUUGAUUUAACUGUCAACUUGGAAAAACCAACAACCAUCAAGGAAAUCAAUGCUACAAUCAAGGCUGCCUCCGAAGGUAAAUUAAAGGGCAUCUUGGGUUACACUGAAGAUGCUGUUGUUUCUUCUGAUUUCUUGACUGACCAAAGAUCCUCAAUCUAUGAUGCCUCUGCCGGUAUCUUAUUAACCCCAACUUUUGUCAAAUUAGUCUCAUGGUAUGACAACGAAUAUGGUUACUCUACCAGAGUCGUUGAUUUAUUGCAACACGUUGCUAAAACCUCUGGUUUCUAA